UCCUAUACGCAGCUAUACAAGUACGGCUGUCACCGUGUGUUAACGUCUUUAACAAUAAUAAUAAUAAUAAUAAUAAUAAUAACAAUAAUAAUAACAAUAAUAACAAUAUGUUAUUUUGGCUGGUGUAGCGCUUUUACUAGGCUAUCAGGCAUAUUAUAUAUGAAGGUUUCGAGGUACCGAAAUAGAUUGGCUCUAUCAUCAUCGUCGUCGUCGUCGUCGUCGUCGUCGUCGUCAUCGUCAUCGUUGGAGCAAGGAGCUUGGAGAGGAGAAAACUCUACUGCUCUCCGUGCUCGUGCUCGCGGUAAUGUAGGACUAUAAUUUUUUACACCAAAUCGAAUUACCACUAGCAGUCACCCUGGAGUCCGAGAAGAUCAACGCUAACCAGCAAAAGGGGGCCAUGGUAGUUCCCUACGACUGGCAAACGACAAAGCGCCAUGUUGCCCAAAGAUGCCAGUACCUGCUCGAAAUGGGCCAGUGGUCCGACUGUCGGUUCAAAGUCGGCCAAGAGCCGAACCAGCAGAUCGUAGAUGGACACAAAGUUUUCCUGGCCAUGUCCAGUCCUGUGUUUGAGGCAAUGUUUUACGGAGGCAUGGCUGAAAAAAACGAUCCUAUUCCCAUCAGAGAUGUUCAGCCAGAAGCCUUUAAAGCAUUACUCGAGUACAUUUACACGGAUAAAGUAAAUCUAGGCUCCUUUGAGCUGGCCUGCGAACUGUGUUACUGCGCCAAGAAGUACAUGCUACCAUUUCUGGUCAAAGAAUGCACAGAAUACUUGUGGUCCGAUUUGUCGCCCAAAAAAGCUUGCAGAGCUUACGAAUUUGCUAAAUUGUUCGAAGAGCCUGUUUUAAUGGAUAAAUGCUUGCACAUUAUGCGCACAAGAACUAAAGAAGUGAUCAACGAAUCAAGUUGGGAUGACGUUGAACAGGCAACUGUUUUGACUCUUUUGGAUCAAGAUGCAUUGGACAUAAACUCUGAAAUAGAUUUAUUCAAUGCUGUUGAAAAGUGGGCUAAAGCCGAGUGCACCAGAAAAUCGUUGGAUUUGUCUGAGGCUAAGUCUCUGAGAUCUGUCAUUGGAAAUGCUUUGACUAAAAUUAGAUAUCUCACUUUGAGUCCGCAAGAAUUUGCAGAGGGACCUGGAAAAUCUCCAUUGUUAACGCAACAAGAAGCUUUUGCACUUUUGAUGAACGUUUCUUCUCGAAAUAGUGAAAUUCCAAUGCCUGAGGGAUUUUCCACAAAUACACAGAGAAGAUUUAGUUUACUGGUCAUGAAAGUGUUGAAUCCUGAUUUUUCUAAGAGAGCUCAGCCAAAAACUAUGUUUGGAAAACUCCCAUAUGAUAUUGAAGAGCGUCCUAUUAAUUUAGUCACAUCUUCAUCUCUUAUUCCAUAUCUCAUUGCUGGAGAACAUCCCAGCUCUAGCCAAGAAGCUGACACUCUAAGAAGACAGAUUGAGGAAAACAGCAUCAGUUCGCAAGAAAGACCAUUGGCAGUAGCCAUCAAUGAAUAUCGUGAUAGCCAAAAAUAUUACUGCAUAAGAACCGUCGAGCAACAGUCAGAGGUCUACAAUGAUAAUAUUUUAGACUGUACUGUCACGUUUGUUGUUGAUAAAUCAAUAUGUGUACUCGGAAUACAAGUACCAUCGCAGAUUUUAAACAUGGCUCAUGACACUCAACCACCCAAGUCAUCAUACACAGAAAUAUUAUAUGCUCACCUACUUGAUUCUUUUGGUACUCGCUUGACGUACACUCAUUUCAGCACAAAAGUUGAAGUUCAAGAGUUAAUAGAAGUUACUUUCAAUCGGCCCAUUAUGGUUCAAAAAAAUAAACUGUACAAAAUUGGUGUUGUAUUCAACAGAGAUGGCUGGUAUCCACUGGCAAAUUGUAGCCAAAGUAUAAUCUGUGAUAGCGUCCUGUUCCGCUUUGGGACUGGCAAUUCAAAUGACACAAAUCGAGAUGGUUUAAUAAGAUCCAUUGUUUUUACAUAUCUAUAAUGUCUAUAAGAUGGGCUUGCUGGAGUUGCGCGUUGAUUUAUCCUCGGUAUUUAAAAAAACCACCAAGAAAAACAAUGUAAGUUGAAAAUUUUAAUUUAGAAAUUAAAUUUGGACGUAUUGAAAUAAAUUGACGGUUAAUUAAAAUACUCAUGGAUGAAAUUCUUACUUCAACAAAUUUAUAGUUUUGUAAAAAAUAAUGAAAUCAUCAUGCUGCAUAUAAAAUUGUUAAAGUUAAAACAUGUUAAUAUUACCUAAAAAGAAAUGUCAUUUGAUGGGUACUAACAUAUUGAAAAUCUUUAUCGAUUAAAUAUAAUACUAAAAAAAUUGUGGAAGAAUUUAUUAAAUGAAAUUUAUUUAUAAAUAUAACAUAAACAACAACGCUCAAAAUAUUGAAUAAAAUAUAGAUACAGAAGACUGUAAAAAAAAAAAUUCUAAUGUCAACAAUUUUACACUCUCGAUAACCAAUAAGGAUUAGUUAAAUACCUCCCAACAGUAAUAGUUCUGGUCUAGUUUCCAUGCUCGCACUGUCGCAGGGAAAAUUGCCACUAUCGAAUGUAUUUUGUAAUUUGUUAAAAAGUUUUUUUUUCAUUUAAUAAAACCAAUCUCAAUUUUUAAUAGAUGCACCGCC